AUGGAAGAUGGUGCUGAAGUGGCUGUAAAGAGGAUCUUGAAACAGGAGUUUGACGAUACAGCUCAAAACGAGUUAGAAAUUCUGAGUCGAAUUGAUGCAAACAAGUCACCAUUUAUAGUAAGCUAUCGAACAGUUUUAAAAGACGCUGCCUUUCUGUAUCUAGUAUUAGAUCUCUGUGAAGAAACAUUGAAGGAGCACGUUUGUACUCAAAGUUUGUAUUAUCUACAAGAUCAUGGUCUAAGAAUGAUCAAAGAAAUCUUAAACGGAAUUGAAUUUCUUCACAGUCAAGGAAUUUUGCACAGAGAUCUGAAGCCAUCAAAUAUCUUGGUCGAUAUCGAAGGUCACAUGAGAUUGGCAGACUUCGGAAUAAGUCGUGUUUUGAAUGCAGAAGAAACCACAGUUCUUACACAUGCGAAAGGAACCCGAGACUGGAUGCCCACCGAAGUAAUUGAAGCAAUAGGUAAAGAAGAGAUAGGACGUCUUAAAAAGAAAUCUGAUGUUCAGGUCGCAGGUAUGAUCGCUUUCUUCAUUUCGACCAAAGGUGAACAUCCUUUUGGUCCUGUGCUUGAACGAAUGAUAAACAUUUCGAAAGGAAAUCCUGUUAACUUGCACAUGCUUCAUGAUCUUCACGUUCGAAAGUUUAUUUCUUGGUUGAUCAGUCAUAACAUUGAUGAUAGACCUUAUGCUCAUGAGGCGUUGGCGAAUCCAUUGAUGGUCCAUGUGAAAGAGUCCCUUGCGAAAAUUUCACCUAUGGUUAAACGUAGGCGAAUGAAUUUUCAAUUUUAA